AUGACCUCCCACGUCGUCGUUCUUCACACUUCGGGUCGGAGAGUCAAAAUCAAAGUAACCCAAACAAAGUAUUUAGCUGAUAUUUUUGAAGAAGCGUGUCAAAAAUUGGGUCUUGAAUCUGCUUCGUAUGAUUUGAAGGUCAAUAGUAAACCACUAGAUUUAUCACAAACGUUACAGCAAAGUUGCCUGCCAUCAGGAGCAAAAUUAGAGCUGGUUCUGGCAUCAAGGACACCAGCACCGGUCUCAGUAGCCCUAGACCUACCAGAUUACUUAGCAUCGGCUGCUUCUACCAAGCGAUUUACGGAAAAGUUCUCUAGCAGUACAACACUAUGGCUAGUGUUAAGAAAAUUUGAAUUGAACGGCGGCCAUUCUUUUAACCUCACGGCCAGAGCCAGCUUAGGUAAUGCUUCCGGCGAUGCCAGCGUAGCCGAUCGAAUGUUUUAUGAUGAGCCAGUGCUUAACAUCAUGGGACGAAAGUUUUUCGGCUUCAUGGACCUUCAAAAAACUUUGAGGCAACUUGGUUUCCACAGUGGGACGUGUCUGAUUCGAUUGGAAUAUAAGCGGACUGAUCAAUUAAUUAAAGAGGCCAUGAAGCAAAUAACUGAGUACUUUGAAGAGAGUCCAACUGAGCCUGCUCCAAAGAUAACAGAUAAAUCUCUAUCAACACCUUUAAACGCUUCAAAUGAUUUAAAAUGCAGCUCUAUUCAAGUAGAAGAUGUCUCUGAUCUUCCUUCACCUUCAGAACCCACCACUUGCCCCACCACAUCUAACUUGGAUCCUGGGACAGGUGAUCGCCCUACAACUGUAUUCAGACCUCCGAUGAGCUCAAUUCCACAAGCUGCUUGCAUCCCAUACGAAGAGGAUGAUUUUGAGCCAACAAUUGCACAUGCCAAGCUGCACCAGAGUCGACUAUUGAAUUCCUCUCGAAAUGUAAAGCUGCCUUCAGAUGUAGAGAUAGAGAAGCUCCAAAAGAUGAAAGCCGCAAGGCUCCACGACAUAGCCGAGGUUAGCAUAAAAAUUCGGUAUCCUGACCAGACAACGUCUGUAUCCUCAUUUAAGCCGGAUGAGACGGGCAAUCACCUGUAUGCGUUUGUUUCUAAAUUAAUCAUUGAAGAGAAUCAGCCAUUCAAACUUAUCUGGCGUGACCGCGACUCUAAGACUGUUCCUAACAACGAAAAAAGACUUGUGAAUGAUCUAGGCUUUGGCCCUCGCAUGCUUUUAUACUUUGUGUGGGACGGACCUGUAGAAUCCAACAACAAAUCAGCUAUACUUAAACAGCAGUACAUGGAGGAUUCACAAGAGAUAAACAUACCCAAUUUAUCUCCACAGAAGAUAGAAACACAUGAGCCGGAGGAAAAACGGAAUGGGGUAAAGAAACAAAAGGGGGUUGGUAAAUGGUUUAAAGGCCUAGGUAAAAAAUGA